CGCUGCCCAGUCCUGUGUUGGAACGAGCGUCUGACAUCGCUCGUUUGCAGUUCUUCAGAGCAGGUAGUAUAUCUGAGGUCGUCCCCCGUGUGCUUUGUGUUUAAGUUGUUUCCAUAUACUCCAUUCAGAUACAGGCGCAGAUGAUUCAUCUUCGAAUCGAGGUCUGUGAAUUCAGGUGUAACUGCUAAACGAUUCAAUCAUUGUGCCUUCCACCACUUACAAAGCUUCAGAGAAUCAGUAGUGUUUUCUCCAGCCAUCGCACUUGCCUCGUUAUCUCGAUGCUGACAUAGAGAGGCAAGCCGUACUCCAACGCCCCAUCAUCUCCUGCAACUCUCGUCUCGACUACAUCACAACACUCUCCUCAACCUCAUCUCACCCCCUUUUUUUGGACAACCGCAACAUUCACACUCGUUUUUGGACUGAUCUUCUUACUCGGUGAUCAUCCUUUGAAACACCUGCGAUUUUUCGUAAUUACAUUCGCUCUCUGAAAUGAGGAGUACAACUUUCGUUGCCUUUUCGCUCGCGAACCUGCUUCUACUAGCUACAACUCUGAAUGGAGUCAACAUUGAGCCAUCAAGUUGCGCAACCCGAUGCAUGGUCGACAGCAUGUUCAUCACGCAGUGUCAGAACAUGGCAUGUCUAUGCCGAGAAAUCCACUACCAAAAGUCCCUCUACCAGUGUCUCAACUCCCAAUGCGAUUCAUACGACUAUGGUCAUGCAUUGUUUCACACUAUCGGCCUUUACGUCGCCACCGGUGCCGACAUCUACAUGAAAGCCUCUCCUCAGGUACAUGACAAGCUGCUUGAUGUCCGCGAAGCUGAAUACCUCGCCAGCCGCGAAUUGCCCGAGGUGUCAGGCCUGAAGCUGAGACAAAAGAGUGCUGGGCCUGGACGCCAGGGAGUUUGUCAAAUUUCGAUGAUCACUCAGUAUGUCACGACAACUGCUGUUGUCUCGGCUACUCGAGUAGUGUCGCCUUUGUCUGCGGAGGGCGACCCGGGCCCUUAUGGAAAUGGAGGCGGAAGUGAAAUUUCUUUAGUGCCUACUAAUUCGUGCUCGGAAUCGAGCUUUACCAAUGUGAUGGAGACUGCAUUGGCUUCGAGGCCUUGGGUUGUGUCAGGUAAUGAUGCUAUAAGGUAUCGGCCAUCAUUUGCUGGGUUGGCGACUUGUGGUGCGGCGAUGAUUGCGCUGGAUUGGCAUAUUAAUGCUUUCUGAAUUGGUAGACGAACUAUUCAUGGCGGUCUUUUACUUGAUCGUAGUUGUCUAGCACUCGAAGUACACGAGUUGCAUGGUUUAGUCAGCUCAAAAAUCGAUCG